AGUCAAAAGAUAUCGCUUAUUAUUUUUAAGAGCAGAUAUUUAAUUAAGUACGUAUCUGUAUGCUUUCAAAUUAAAAGGAUUCAUCCAGGAACUGGACAAAAUAUCCAAUUUGUCGAUAAGAUAGCGAUGCUAUUCAACAGUGUUUAUCAGAAAGGUAGACAGUGCAACGUUCACCACAGUGUCCUCAGCCUCGAGUGCAUACAGAUUUAUGUUUCAUGUUGGGGGAAAUCUAACGCAAGUCCAGUUUAGAGCUGCACAUGACCGAGUUACUUUGAAGUCAAAGCAAAUCAGGAAUGGCCGAGUGGAAAGAGUGAUAUGUUCAACGUGUAGCAAAUAAAUAAAUUCAAUUUGACGGUGCUGUCAAAUAUGACUACGUUGUAAUUUUGUAACAUGGGUGGCAAGGAGUCGAAAACUCUGAGCAUCUCUUACGAGGAUGCUGUCAAACGGGUUACUGAAUCCGAAUUAAGAAGACUUAGGGAAGCGUUUAAAAGGACUAGUGUGAAUGGCGUUAUUAAUUGUAACGUUUUUGUACAAGAUGUACUUGGAGACUGUGUUCCUACCCAAAUAGCAGAGUAUAUAUAUAGUGCAUGCGGUGGUACAUCAAGAGGAAUAGGAUUCAAAGAACUUUUGUGUGGAUUAAUUCUAUUGACGCGUGGAAAGCAAGAAGAAAAACUUCGUUUCUUGUACGAUUUAUAUCUUGCAAAUGGAAAUGGACCUCAUUUUCCAAAAGAGGAGACAGAAGAGUUAUCAAAGGAAAAGGAAAAAGUUGAUGCUGGUUACGAACAAUGGAAAGAAUGGCAGUUGAAAAAUAUUGAUGCAACUCCUUUAUCGUGCUGGCUCUUAGCUCCACUAACAGUAUUAUCUCUUGGCAAUGAUCUGGAAACCCCUACAUUCUUCCAGAGCCUUGCUGGUGUCACACAUUUGGAAGAGGCAGACAUCAUUGAAUUGGAAAAACAUUACUGGAUGCUCAAGGGUCAAUCAGGCACUGGACGUUUAGAUCUUGAAACCCUUGUACCAAUGAUUUCACCACCUAUGCCUCUAAGUGUAUGCCCGGGUUUGGUAGCAGCAUUCGAUGAGAAUCGUGACAAUCACAUAGAUUUCAAAGAGAUGGCUUGCGGUAUAUCAGCAGCCUGCCGUGGACCACUCGUCGAACGAAUGAAGUUUUGUUUCAAGAUAUUCGAUGGAGACCGUGAUGGUAUUCUCAAUGAACUAGAGCUCAAACAUGCAAUGGAGGUUCUAUCGUUGAUCCGGGAUGAUGAAAUAGAGGCUAAGGAAGCCAAGGAAGAAGUCGAAGAGUUACCAAAACAUCCGCUUACGAUGGAAGAGUGGUUGGUGUGGACAACCGACAGGGAACUUCCUCUUGCAUUUCUCCGACUCCUGGAUCAACUUUGCCAUGUUGUACUCGGCUUAAGGCCCAUAGGUCGACGCGAAGAAGGCGAAAUUGUAACUGGAUGGCUUGCUAGGGAAGAACGCAGAGGACUUAGAGUGGGACAAUUCUGGUACCUAGUUGCUAAUUCCUGGUGGAACCAGUGGCGACUUUUUUGUCACUUGGAUCCUGCUCCCCUAGAUCUUGGAUCUGAAGUGACUGUACUAGGUCCUAUUGAUAAUACUGGUCUGAUCGAAGCAACCAGAUUUCGGGUACCUGCACUCACUGGUGAAGGUGGUCGUCUCAAGCGUGGUUUAGUUCUCACGCAAGGAAGGGACUUUCAUUUACUCCCAGAUGCUCUGUGGAAAGCACUUGUGCAAUGGCACGGAGGUUCGCCAGCUUUACCUAGGCAAGUCAUUUUACCUGCUACUGGAUCCCAAGUAGAACUAGAAUUAUAUCCAUUGGUUCUGCGGUUGCUCAUGCAUCGAUCUGUGGGAUCACAGCAACAACAACAAUCUCUAUCAUUGCCCCUGAACGGUGUCGGAUCCUGGUUACCAAUGUCCUCUUCAGCCGGUUGUUACAAAAGACAGCUCGCAUAUGUCGCAGCUUUUAGCAGAAUGGCUACAUCUGGACAAGUCUAUCAGUUCCUCUGUAACCGACUGCAUUUAAGGAAUGAUGAUGUUAGGCUGUGGCAUGUCAGGGAGUCCACCACAUUAGGAUCAGGAAUGACUUUGUUAGAGGACGAACAAAUUACUUUAGAAGAAUUAGGAUUACAAGACGAUAGCCAAUUGCUCGUGGAGGUACGAAAUAAAGAUCAAACGUGGCCGGAGGAACUUGGUCGCUUAAGAGAAACGAGUAAGGACGAAGCUGGCAAAUGUGAACGAGGGGCCACAGGAUUGAAUAACCUGGGUAACACAUGUUUCAUGAAUGCGGCUCUUCAGUGCGCAAGUAAUACAGGUCCUUUGACUCGUUACUUCAUGUCUGGUGCUCACAUGCAAGAAUUGAAUCCUAAUAAUCCUCUGGGUACCCGGGGACACAUGGCAGUGCGAUACGCCGAGCUUCUUCGUGAUAUAUGGAGCGGUUCUGCACGCAGUGUCGCUCCACUUAAAUUAAGAUGGACCAUUGCUAAGUAUGCCCCGAGGUUUGGAGGAUUUCAGCAGCAUGAUUCUCAAGAGCUUCUAGCGUUUCUUCUAGAUGGACUUCACGAGGAUCUGAACAGGGUACGAGAUGCUCCCUACGUUGAAUUAGCUGAUUCCGAAGGAAGGGAGGAUGCUCAGGUCGCUCGUGAAGCUUGGGAUAAUCAUUUGUUACGUAACCAAUCCAUCAUCGUAGAUCUCUUUCAUGGACAACUCAAGUCUACUGUGCGGUGUGAGGACUGUCAAUGGGAGUCCGUAAGAUUUGAUCCGUUUACGUAUUUGACACUUCCUCUUCCGAUAGAAGGUUUAGUACGUCGCGAACUUCUAGUAUCGCGACUCGACGGAAGUAUUCCUGUGCGUUAUGGCCUUCUAGUAGCAACUGAUGCAGAUUACGUUACAUUAAAAAAUGAACUGAGUAAACUUUGCGACAUUCCAGCGGCUCAACUAUUGCUUGCUGAAGUCGCCGCAAAUAACAUCGACUGCUUUCCACCGGAUUGGGCAACUGUCCAAGAACCAAAGUCUGCUACUAAAUUAUAUGCGUAUGAAAUGCCAGCUAUUUAUUCGCCAUCUUUAUCUCGACGUCGUGCUGCUAAUGAAAUAUCAGAAGAACGUCGAAGUUUUAAAGCUAUUCAAAGAUCCGAAUCUCCACCGCCAGCUUCUGUAUCUUCAGUAUCACCAUUGACUGGCGCAGCUCCUUCGGUGCCUUCGAUAUCAUCCUCAGAGACUAAAGAAUAUGUCAACGAGAGUACGGAUAGCAGUUCAAACAAUUCCUUAGUGAAUGGUUUUAGCUACCUUGUAGCAGUUCAUCGAAAAAUGAUGCGCCAAGAUCCUUAUUUUGUAAGCUCACAAAAAACGCGACCCAGCCUCUUUGGAGUGCCAGUAGUUGUACCAUGUGGUGAAGGUACAACACAUCAAGAACUGUACAAAAGUGUAUGGAGACAAAUUGCCAGAUUGGUAACGCCCUUACCACCCACGGAAACGGCAGCGUCGCCGAAUCAUGCUCAAGAUUGCGAUGACAGUCUCGGUUACGAGUUUCCAUUUGUCCUACGCGCCGUCGAUCGCGAGGGCAAGGUUUGUGCCUGGUGUCCUUGGUACAGGUUUUGCAGGGGCUGCAGAAUACGUUGUGACGGUGAACAAAUGAUUCUGGAUAGGACAUCAUUAAAUAGCGAAGGAUCCUCAGGACCACUCACACACCUGGCGAUAGAUUGGGAUCCCACAGCUUUGCAUCUACGAUACCAAACCGCAACUGAGCUCAGUUCCGAGGAACACGAAAGUGCAAUAAAGGCGAGAAAUGCAGAGAACGCGCCCUUGUCUCUGUCUUCUUGCUUGGAGGCCUUCACUAGGGAGGAACGUUUAGAUCGUUAUCAGUGCACUAAAUGCGCUAAACCCAGAAUGGCUACCAAGCGUCUACAACUAUGGCGAUUACCACCAGUACUAGUCGUUCACCUCAAACGAUUUCAAUGCGUUCGUGGAAGAUGGGUAAAGUCGCAGAAAGCAGUGCAAUUCCCUCUAAAGAAUUUCGAUCCAUCUACAUAUCUUGCUGAUCCUGAGCAUCAUCGUCGAUUGAAUCAUCACAGGAUGAAAACAGAUGCUCAGGAAUUGACGUAUCAUCUCUACGCAGUUGUGUGCCACAGUGGGAUCAUGGGUGGAGGUCAUUAUGUGAGUUAUGCAAAAAAUCCUGACGGUGGCCAAUGGUAUUAUUACAACGAUAGUAGCUGUCGAGAGUCAAAUCCAGAGACCGUUGCAAAAGAAACUUCUACAACGGCUUAUAUACUUUUCUACCAACGUGAUGGUCUCUCUGAAGAAGAUUAUUUACCUACUUUACCAACCGAACAGAACCCAAAUGGGAAUGCAAUAUCACCAGCAGAUUUUGAUCUGAAUGAACCGGAUGAGAGUGAGCUCAGGAAGAUGUGUUUAUUGUCCUAAGGGACGUGGAGGAUCUCGAAAUCAAAAUUGAAUUCCAAAGAUGGUAUCGAGAUGGUAUUCAGCUGUGCCGGUACACGUAUUGUGAGUUUAUAAAUAUUGCAAAUGUCAUGAAAAUCGUGCGAAAAUACAAAGAUGCAAGAUUCGUUUGAAGCGCAACGAGAUCGUUUAAGUAAAUAUGCAGCGUAGAGUGCAUAGUUUGCGAUUGAUUAUGAGAACAUCAUUAAUAAUUGCCAUUACCCCAUUUUCAUUAUCAUUAUCUAUAAUCUUCGUGACCAUGUUAAAUCAUUCAAGAUGACAUCCUUCUUAUUAGCUAUUCAUUCAUGCUGCAUACACUGUGCUACACAGCAAAUCAAAAGAAAACUUUAUACCUUUCACAAUAUUAGAUUCUCUUCGUAAUCGCGAUUAAAAGACCGAGCGCUGCGCGUUCUCCUUACGCAACUGGAUCUUGAUGUAACGAUAACUGUAAUCAGCACGCUAUAAAUAUCUUGUACAUUA